GAAUGACAGGGAUUUGGGCCUGGUCUCUGGGAAGAAGUAUACGCUUCCCGUCGGACUCAUUAAAGAAGAAAUCUUCAUCCAGUUCGAGACAAAUAAAGCCAUGCACUGGAUUUAGGGCAAGCGUUAUGGAAAGAAAUGCGAGUCAAGGUCUUUUCCACUAUGCGCCGGCCAACCCACGUCAUACCAGGGAUGUUAACCCACCAAACGGUUGAGGCCAGAUAUGGAACAGCAGGUUGGAACCAAUAUGGCUGAAUAUCUCUGCCAGGCGACCAAAAGAACAAGAGACCCAAACCCUUCGUUCUGACUCUCGGGGACAAUCGCCUCUAAUCCCUGGCAUUCACCGUCAGGCUCUGGAGCAGAAGACAUUGUUUCAGCAUAUUUUUUUUUUUAACAUAAUUUCCUAUUGACAAUGUAUACCUGGUAGGGGUUGGGGGAGUAGAGGGUAAAGGUUUUUACUUGUCUUCAGCCCCGUUCCCCAGUAGGGCUGCUGGGAUUUUCAAAUGAUGGACUGUGCUUCUAAGGUUUUUGUUUAUUUGUGUGUUCCUAAUUUGUUAUCUUUCGCAUGACUUGAUUUUGUAACUGAAAGGAAUAUCCGAAGAAAAUAAAAAUUGUACUUUAUCUACAAUUUGUCAUGAUUGGCCAUAUGUCAUUUGAAGAAUUUUGUCGACUGUGUAGUAACAUCUUAACAUUGAUUGUUAGAAUUAUUUGGUCCUUUAGAAAAUUAACAGAUUCUGUAAUAGAAAGGUGGGGAAAAAAAUAACAAAAUUUUUGGGAAAUCAAGUGACCCAACAUGUUGGGUUAAAAUAAUGUGGUGCUGGGUCACAGAAAGGACCCAAAUUUGGUCAUAAUUGACCCAACAUUUUUUUUUUUUACAUUUCGCAUUCACAGCGCAUUGUUGUGUAGAGAAAUCAUUUGAGUGAAGUACCACUAUCAUAACCUACUCUGAAAAGUGCAACUUCAACAUCUGAAUGAGGCAAGCAGUGUUGGCAAGCUGUGCUGUGUUCUGAAAGACACCCACAGAGUGUCCAUUGAAGGCGAUUACUGCAUGGCACCUCCGCAUCACGAAGGCCUACAUAUUGUACGCAGCAGCUGAUUACAUUCCACUGUUUUGCAGAGAUUCCCACUGACAGAGAUGGGCAGACUCUUUGAGAGUCACCAUGUGAUAGACAUGUGACUCAUGUUGUGUGUUGUCACAGAAGCAGUUCCCAAAGCCCUGAGAUGUCCAGACCUGCCAACGAUAGCUGACUGCAUUAUGAAGUUGCAUUAUGAGGUUGGAUAAGUGUACAGUACACCACCAUAGAUAGUUCUCUAUGGAAAUAAGAAAAAAGGUUGAAGAUUCCAAAUGCCAAAUUACUGGGUAUGGCACUAACUUUAUACAUCCCUUAUACUGUUUGUAACUACAGAUAAUUAUGGGUUUCUUGCCCAGCAGAUAUGCACUUAGUUGUUCAGUCAAAGGAAGUGGGAAAGUGAUGAUUUGGUCUUGCAAGUUCAGCAACAUCCAUAAGAAGAUCAGAAGGAAGUCAUCUCCUGUAUGAUGUUUGAAGAUACAGCAGCAGUCAUAUUUAUCUAGCUUCAGAUCAGAGCCAAGCCAAGCUCAUGCAUGUUUGGUUCAGCUGGUCCUCACACUGCGCUGUAUUCCUUCCUCUGGAGGAGGUAAGCAGACCGGGCUCUUUAAUGCAGCUCUUUAACUGAACAGACGAGCAUCAGCCUGCUGCCAUGUGAUGAAUGUCUGUAUCAGGGUGAACAUGGCAGUGGUUUAACGUAAAACAUUCACCAAGAUUAAGCUGCUUGUAAAUCUCGAUUAAGAACAUUCCUUCUGUAGAAUGUCACACUCCAUCAUACCAUGAGGCAUGAAUGACUGCUCAGACGUUGUGUACGAUGCCAGAAGGAAGAGAUGGAACGAUGCUGGAUGAAUUAUGACUAGGAGCAGGGAGGGUUUUCGAAUGACCCUGGUCUCUGGGGGAGUGAAAAUAAUACAAGCAUUGAAAAUAUUAGUUAACAAGGGUAUCGCCAUAUUCAAGUUUAAUGUUGGUCCUGCCCACUGUUUUUAGAGCACUCCCAAGAGACAAGCUUGUAAAUGGGUGUAUGAUAUUCUCAUGGACACAAAAUCAAGUAUAUGGAAAGGACAGGGUCGAUUUAUUUGAUGUAGAUGUGUUUCCUGUAACUGCUUAUUCAUAUAUUAGAGAAUAGAUUCAUGUCAACAAGAUUUUUAAAGCGGAUGCAGCUGUGGCACUGGACAAUGGCAUAUCCAUUAUCUGAUCUUUCUUCUCAUUAUCUUUACAUCUAAAUAUUACAUAACAUUUUUCACUAGCCUGCAUCUCUCUCUGAACUGCAACUGUACACUGCCAGCCCAACAAGUCAACCACGUCUGAAAGCAGCUGGAAACCCCAGAGAGUGGGGAGAAUCUCAAUUCAACGCGUCUGUUGGUUGGUCAGGCGUGGAGAUGCGUCACUGUUCGAGGGGCGGUGCGCUCCCGCCGGAGGUGAUCCCCAGGUUUAUAAGUGCUGAGGAGCCCUAGCAACGAAGCAGUGCUUCACACAGACCAAUACCAGCUACGAUUCCUUUUCACAAAAUCAAGUCCGAUAUUUCAAAUCAGGCACUAAAAUAAUUUUAACUUUCAAUCAUAAACUGAAUUUCCGACUCAGCGUUUUGAUUUCUUUGCGCUAUUCAAUUGUAUCCAAAAGUUUUUCACUCUGCAGAUACGAUUUGUAUUUUUCUUCGAGUCACUUUUUAAUUAAUCUGCAUGUAUUUAUUAUAUUUCAUUAAGGACAUUUUCUAUAGUUUCGAGGUUUGUUAGAAUAUAGCGAGCGAGCAUCGCCAUCAUCAUUGGAGGGGUAACGCGCCGUUUUAUGGAUAUUGGAUUACGCAGACAAAAGUUCGAUUUCAGACAUUCCGUUGCCUUGUCUGAAAGAAAAAAUGAAAUCUGCUGAAGAGGAUGCAUACAGCCACACCCCCAACGUCAGUCUCUCCCAGGGCGACCCCUGCAUGCCUUCCCAAUACCACAGUCUCCAGUCUGGCCCCACCAUCUCAGUGUCCAUCAGCCAGCCUCCCAGCUACGGCGCCCACAACAACAUGAGGACAGUGGGUUACUACUCCUCCCCUGGCAUCCGUCCAAAUGGGGCGCCAGCCCUCGAGAGCCCUCGUAUUGAGAUCACAGCCUACGGGCAGUUUCCUGAGGACAAGGUUGAAGAGAGCCACAACCUUGCUGUGGCUAAACGGGUCAACUCCAUCGUGACCCUGACGUUGCCCAAUGCAGAUGGCUACCGUGACCCCAGCUGCCUCAGCCCGGCCAGCAGUGUGUCGUCACGCAGCUGUCACUCCGAGGCCUCGUCCUAUGAGUCGGGCUUCUCCUACAACUACGAGAACUCACCCCAGAACUCGCCCUGGCAGUCGCCCUGCGUCUCGCCCAGGGGCUCCUCCUCUCUCGCCCUUCCGGGUGAUGCUUGCGCCAAUGCGGGCUCCCCCCGGCACUCCCCCUCCACCUCCCCCGGCACCAGUGUCACGGACGACAGCUGGAUGGGCCAGCAGGGCUCCAGGCCCAACUCCCCUUGUGGUGGAAAGAGGAAAUACAGCUUCAACGGAACCACAACCUCCAAGUACCCCUACUCCCCUAACCACUCCCCCGGGCCGUCCCCUCACACCUCCCCACGCCUCAGCGUCACAGGUGAGUCCUGGAUGCCUAACAACACCAACCAGUACACCAACUCAGCCAUAGUUGCAGCCAUCAACGCUCUGACCACAGACGGUGUGGCAGACCUGGGGGAGGGCAUCCCUCUGAAGGCCCGGAAGACCAGCUUGGAGCCUGGGGCAGUCUGCCUGAAGGUAGAGCCUGGAGGAGAGGAGCUCAGCGCUGGGGAGCUCUGUCAGGAUGAGUACCCCUUCUCCCGCCUGCCCUUUAAGAAGGAGAACUACUGUGGGGGAUUCCUGGAUGUGCCACAGCACCCAUACUCAUGGUCUAAGCCAAAGCAAUAUGUCAGCCCAUCUCUACCAGCCCUUGACUGGCAACUGCCAUCCAGCUCGGGGCCGUACAGCCUGCAGAUCGAGGUGCAGCCCAAAUCUCACCACCGUGCCCACUACGAGACCGAAGGGAGCAGAGGGGCAGUCAAGGCUCUGGCAGGAGGACACCCUGUGGUGCAGCUCCAAGGCUACAUGGAGAGUGAGCCGCUGACCCUGCAGCUGUUCAUUGGUACGGCAGACGACCGUCUCCUGCGGCCCCAUGCCUUCUACCAGGUCCACCGCAUCACCGGCAAGACCGUCUCCACUCCCAGCCACGAGGUCCUGCAGUCCAACACCAAGGUGCUGGAGAUUCCACUGCUGCCCGAGAACAACAUGCGCGCCAUAAUUGACUGCGCCGGCAUCCUGAAACUUCGCAACUCGGACAUCGAGCUGAGGAAGGGCGAGACGGACGUCGGGCGUAAGAACACACGGGUGAGGAUGGUGUUCCGGGUUCACAUCAACCAGCCCACAGGAAGGACAUUGUCCCUGCAGGCUGCAUCCAACCCUAUAGAGUGCUCCCAGAGAUCAGCCCAGGAGCUGCCCUUGGUGGAUAAGCAGACCUUGGAGACGUGCCCUGCUGCUGGAGGAGAGAGGAUGCUCCUCAGCGGACACAACUUCCAGCACGACUCCAAGGUGGUGUUCAUGGAGAAAGCCCAAGAUGGCCAUCACCUAUGGGAGACAGAGGCCAAGGUUGACAAGGACUCCUCCAAGUCUACAUCUCUUCUCAUUGAAAUCCCUCCUUAUCGGAACCAGAGGAUAUCCAAUCCUGUUCAGGUGAACUUCUAUGUGUGCAAUGGCAAGAGGAAAAGGAGCCAGUACCAGCACUUCACCUACAUGUCUGCCAAUGUUCCAAUGAUAAAAACGGAGCCGAAUGAUGACUACGACCCCCCUCAGGUGUGUCCCCAGCGUGGCCCUGGCCUGGCGCUUCACCCCAAGCCCUACUACACCCCACAGGUCAUGACCUCCAUUAUACCCACAGAACUCCGGCCGUGUGUGGGGGGCACCUACUCCGCCUGCCAACGGAGACUGGGAGGGAAGCCUUCCUCACUGUCCUCCUCAUCCUCCCCCAGCACCAGUCCCAAACUGCAUGACCUGUCACCCACCACGCCCUUCUCCAAGUGCCUGUCAGCAGGACCAUCCCAGUCUCCGAUCCCACAUGUCUCCAUCAUCCAGGAGAGUCCUGGAUGCUACCAGCCGCAAUCUGUCCUCUACCCACCCAGUAGUGCCUCAUCCUCACCAGGCUCACAGCCCUCCACCCCUGACACCAGCGGCCCGGAAGCCCCGUUCUCCCCCACCCACUGCCUAACGCCGCCCCAGCCCAUCAGUGGCAGCUCCAGCCCAGUGAGCCAACAGUUCUCCAAAGUGCCAGAGAGAGGCAGCCGCUCCUCGAGCCCCACGUUGGCCAUUAACAUCAAACAGGAGCCAGAGGAACUGGACCAGAUGUACCUAGAUGAUGUUAAUGAGAUCAUCAGGAACGACCUCUCAAGCAUCUCUGUCCACAGUCAUGCGUAGCACCACUUUCAUCAUGGACACAGGAGGACUGAAGCGGAAGAAAGGGAAAUACCAUACUGUACCAAUCAUUUGUUACAACGUCUGCAUGCUUGGACUACAGUAUGCAGGAAGCCAAAAAACAACCAAGGGGAACAGAGAUUGAGCAUCUUGAAGAUUAGAAUCUAAUGUGUGCCUUUCAGAAGAUGCCGUUUCAGAAGAUUCGCCAUUGUAUAAAGAUUGAAGAUGAGAAGAAAUGGCUGAUCUCUCAGAAAUUAAAAACAGGCGUACUAUGCAGCACCACACCUUCCAGCCUCAACCCAAAUAAGUAUACUUUUUAGUGGACCAAGAAUCUAGUUUUUUUUUUUUUUACUUCUGUCUGCAGAUAUUGUAAAUGAUUCAGUGCCUAAGUGUACGUUUUGUGUACAGUGCUUCAGAUUGUUUUGUGUAUCUGGCAUUUCAAUGAGAUGAUUUCAUCCAAAAUAAGUGCCUUUGACUGGAAAUAGGAAAUGAUGAGAAUUAAAGGGCGACUCCACUUCCUGAUUUGGCCUUGUUUUUCAUCAAUGCUCAUAAAGAAAUGCUAGCGGAAUCACAACAAACAAGCUAGCUUUGCUAUGGAGCGAACAAACGUUUGAAGUUGAGGACUUCUCCCCUCCUGACUGACUCGCCUUCUCAAGAUGGUCAGCUAAUUCACUUCUACGGUUUGUGUGAGCUUGUGUUUAGUCAAGCUGACAGCAGGUAACUAGCUAAUACUUCUCUGUCAAAUCAGUUAUGGCAAGAUAGCAAGUGCCAGUGUCUGGAAUGUGUUUCAUAAGACACUUGUUCUACAACACCUUGCUACGAAAGUAGCUUAGAACUUAGUUUCAGUGUUUCGUCAAGUCAUGUAAUGCAUGUUACCGUGGAAAUGGUUUAAACUGAGAGUUGAACGCCUGGUCUUAAGUCAGCUCAGCUGUCCACCAACACAAUAUUCUAUAACUGGCUAGUUUUGUCUCAUCUCUCCUUAUGUCCACUGUUACAUCUUUCCCAGGGGGACAAAUCCCAAAACUACUAAUAUCCCUACAACAGGUGUCACCUAGCCUACAUCUUGACAUUGCACAGACAUAGACCAG